AUGAACAAACGCAACAGCUGCACUGUCUCCAUCCCGACAGACCCGGUCGAGAUCUCCAUCGAUUGGAGCGAAGAGGAAGAAGCUCGUGCCCGGCGAAAGGUUGAUGUAGUCCUUCUUCCAUGUUUUGUGCUGGCCUUCUUCGCUCUGCAAAUUGACCGCGCCAACAUCGCCAGCGCCCUGACUUCUACCAUCACCGAGGACCUGCAUAUCACGACAAAUCAGAUCAACGUGGGCAACCAGCUUCUGUCGCUCGGUAUUUUCCUCUUCGAAAUCCCCUCAAAUAUCCUACUUCAAAGGGUCGGACCACGCCCUUGGCUGUCGAUACAGAUAUGCGCCUGGAGUCUAGUUGCAACAUUUCAGGCCUUUAUCCAGAGCCAUGGGGCCUUUCUCGCAACGCGAUUGCUGCUCGGAAUCAUGGAGGCCGGCUUCAUUCCUGGCUCGCUUUAUUACAUUUCGAGCUGGUACAAGAAAAGCGAAAUAAGUGUACGAGUUGCGCUCUUCUACCUCGGCCAGAACUUUGCCUCUGCAACAUCCAGCCUUCUCGGGGCAGGCCUGCUCACUCUCGACGGCCGUGCCGGGAUGGCAGGAUGGCGAUGGCUCUUCCUGGUCGAUGGCAUCAUUAGCUUCGUCAUCGGCGUCCUCUUCGUCCUCUUUAUCCCACCACACAGAGGCAACGGCAACCCGCUGGUAACCUUCAACCGCUGGAGCUAUUUCACCACCCGCGAGAGCCAGAUCCUCAACGACCGAGUCCUCCUCGACGAUCCCACCCAAGCAGCGACGGGGGCAAUGCGGAUUUCCACACGCGAUAUCGGACACACGAUCCGUCGGCCGCGCAUGUGGCUACACAUCCUGGUAUCUGUGACCAGCGUCUGCGCGGUACACAGCCUGAUGACUUACGCACCGCGCAUCAUUAAGCUGUCUGGGUUCAGCACCGUCCAGUCGAACGCGCUGUUCUCCGUUGCACCCUACUUGGCCAUGGUUAUAAAUUGUUCUCUGGCGUAUCUUUCAGAUUGCUCCGGCCAUAGAGGCCUUCUCGCCCUCGUGGCCGCAAGCUGGUUGACUGUCGCAGCAGGAUUUCUGACUUCCCUGGCCCACGUCUCGAAGUGGACUCGCUACGUGCGCCUAGUUAUGGCCGGAACUCCCUACUCGGCGAUCCAUGCUCUCAAUGUCGGCUGGAUGCUGUCAAAGACAACAGGGCCGCAAGACCGCAGUAUAUCCUCAGCGCUCAUCAUCAUGGCCUCGAAUCUAGGUGGCAUCCCGUCCGGGCAGAUAUUCCGAGAAGGCGAUGCGCCCCUCUAUCACCGUGCGUUCUCGGCUGUUACGGCGCUCGCGGGAGUCGCGUGGGUUCUCACUGCUGUGCUUUCCGGGUAUGACUUGCGGCGAGGCAGGCGGAGGGAGGGGGGGGCGAACUGCUGA